UGUCUGCUCCUUGUGGCUGAGCUAGGCUCAUGUUCCUCUCUCUCUUUCUCUCUACACUGCCAGCCCCUGAUGUGAUGGCGAAGAAACCCCGUUGACAAGGCACUGCUUUUUCAUGACGACGGGGUUAGAUGGAGGACUGCGUUUAUCUACACUAAAGGUGCCGUCCAUAUCCCCAAGAGUACUCCAGUGCCCCCUAUGGAUUCAAAGAAAAGGAUUUACCUGGUUACAUAUUUUGACUUCUGAAGCUGUAUGUGAUCAUUGCAGCAAAUUAAUACUUGUCACAAUGAACCUACUGAAUUCAUUUCAAUAUGGUCUCUCUUAUGAAUGGCACGGAUAUAGGUUGUGCUGAAUCUUUGGAACACAAGCUGACAUGGAUGAUGAUGACGACUCCGGUCUUCUUGAUUUUAUCGGUGACCAACAGGCGUUGAAUUACUUUCUGCACGGAUCUGACAGUAAAUCUCUUACUGAUUCCAAAUCGUCCGGUAAAAGUGUACAAAGUCUGGCGGAAGAAGAAUCUAGCGAUGGACUUCAGCUCUCUAAUAGCAUUCAGUUCUUUGAAGACGACCUUGGAUCUUCCUCUAUCCCAGACCUCAGCGAGGACAUUCUUCAGAAAUCACUGCAGGAGGCCAACAUCACAGAACAGAUAUUAGCAGAAGAGGCUUAUUUGGAUGCCAGCAUAGGAUCCAGCCAACAGUUUGCAAAUGUUCCACUCAAUUCUCAUUCAUCAGCAUCGUUUACUCAGACUACCAGUGCCCCUAAUUACUCAGGUCAAACAUUACAUCCCGUAGGAGUGACACACACACAGGUGGGCGCAUCGUUUGCGAGCAAUACAGUAGGUGCGCAGCAUGGUUUUAUGCAGCAAGUUGGAAUUAUUCCUAGCCAGCAUAUGCCCAAUAGUAACCAAAGCAGUUCUGGGCAGAUCCACCUUAUUGGCUCGAUCAACAAUCAGACUCCAAUGAUGACGAUUAACAAUCUGGAUGGGUCACACAUUAUACUGAAAAGCGGUCAACAGGCACCUGCAAAUGCAGGUGGUGGACUAUUGGUGCAGAGACAUACGCCGAAUGGAAAUGCAAUGUUUGGCAGUCCCAACACAAGUCCAGCAAGGCAUUCAGUCACUGUUCCAUUCAAUAGUGGCCAUUUCCAGACUUCUUUACCUGUUCAUAAUAUAAUUAUUCAUAGAGGACCAGCGCCAAAUGCUUCUAAAGGCCCAAUUAAUAUUCAGCCAAAGCCUGUUCAGGUAGGGCAGCAGGCAUCAUACAAUGUCAAUCAUUUAGGAAUACAACAUCACAGACAGCAAGGGGUCCAUUUUAUCCCUGCAAACUCAGCCCAAAGCUCCCCAGUGGGUCAGAAAAUGCCCGUUAAUCACCAAGGCCCACACAUGCCAUCUGGUCAGCAGUCCGGUGGUAGCAUUGUUAUCCAUUCUCCCUUAGGUCAUACACACGGUCAUCAUAACCAGUUCCUGAUUCCUACUGGCCUCUCUGUAAACCCUAGUUCAGUCCAGCACAUCCAGACCAUCAAUAAGCAGCUUGUGCAGACACAGGCCUCACAGCUUGGACCCCACCAGGUUCAUUCAGAACAGGUAAUGAUGAACAGGAAUACGGCUGCCAUGGUUAGGCCUAACCAACAGUAUCCUGGGCAAAUGAUAAAUAAUCCGGGCACAGCUGUGCAAUUUGUUUCCGGUCAGACCUUCACAGGAUCAGGAGGACAAGUAAUUUUGAACCAUGGGCAAUCUCAAGUUGUCGGAGGACAGAUGUCACAAGUAUCACCUACACUGUUACAUUUGUCGCCUGGUCAAGGCAAUACAGGUCAAAGUAGAUCAAGUAUGUCAUCCGCACCGUCUGGUUGCCCAAACUUGUCACCUGCAAACCGCUUCACUGUUCUAAGCUCUGGGACAAUGCUUCAGGGCAUGGGGCCUUCAUUUCAGAGUCCUGGAGGAGGUGGGAAUUAUAUUGUUGAACAGCAACAGAACAGACCCCAAUCUGCAGUCAGUGAUUCUCAUCGUCAAGUUGCCAGUGCUAUGCCCAACAGUAUGUUCUGCCCCAGUACAAGCUCCCAGCAGUCAUUUUCCUGCAAUCAGGGUCAGAACAAAAUGCUGAAUAACCUUUCUCCAGUCUCACCACUGAAGAACCAGGAUAGACAGCCACAUGCACCAGAUCACAGUUCUGGAAAUAAACAUUUGCAGCAUCAUUUAUUAUCACAAGAAUCUCUCAUGGCAUCCCAGCUGCAGAAUGCUGAGGUGGAGGGAUGCCCGGGAGGACUGAAGAGGCCGGCCACUAAUCAGCUUACAAGAGAAUCUCUACUUAUUCAGCAGCUGUGUAAGGACCAGGAGCGCUCUGUGCUGCCAGUUAAAGGCCAGUUCCAAUCAUUACAUGAUGCUGCUCAGAGGCUUCUCCCGUACCAUGUGUUCCAGGGAUCAAUGCCCACAGAAGAAGACUUACAUAAAGUGGACACUGAAUUUGAGUCUAUGGCCACGCAUUUUUUAAAGAAGACCCAGGCAAUGUUAAAUAAGUACCGCUUGCUGCUAAUGGAAGAUGCAAUGCGGAUCAAUCCUUCUGCAGAAAUGGUGAUGUUAGACAGAAUGUUCAACCAGGAGGAGAGAGCCACUCUGACACGUGAGAAACGGAUGGCAUUGGUUGAUCCUGAUGGUUACCUGGCAGAAUUCUGUUGCACCACCCAAUUACAAGAAGAUUCUUCUGAAGCAAAGCUGCUCAGCAAUCACAGUGCGGAUGCAGUUCCUACCUUAGCUUGUCCGAUGGCCAAUGUUGCUAAACACAAGACAAAUAUAGGUCCAUCUAAUGAUGACACGCCAUGCUUAGUGCCUAACAACAAUUUAUCAUCACACAAACGUAAAUAUUAUUCUGAUGAAAAAGACAGCCUUAACGAAGAUGGUACAUUGAAGAACCCGAGUCUUUCACCAUGUGAACAUCUUGCAGACAUUUAUAGACUGAAAGGCAAGUACACUGAAUGUUCUUCAGAUCUAGAUGCAUCUUCUAGGACAUCUAAGGAAACAGACUCGGUUGUCAAUGCUCAAAUGUCCAUUCCUGGUCCUGGAUUAAACGUGGACACAAGUGAUGUAGAACAUCCCCAAGGUAAAACACCAGGACCUUCUCUAGAAACUGUGGGCGAGCAAAGGGACAUUGCAGCGAGCCCUGGAAACCACUGCAAAAGUCUAGCUCGUAGUAAGACUAUAAAACAAUCAGUCAGAGAUGUUGUAGAACUGAAAUUAAGUGCAAAACGCUUGAAAAGCGAAGUCAAUAGUAGCAAUUCCGCAGAAUUAGAAUUUGUUAAGUGCCCGGCAACAUCAUCAGAAGAAAACUGUGUGGACAAACAAGUUGCAGAGUCUAGGGAAGGUGCAGUAGAAACUGAUUCAGUUUUAGAAGCAGCUGUCAAUAGUAUAUUAGAGUGUUAAAGGACAUUUUCCACCUUCUUCUGUAAGGCAUAGGUGACCAGUGGUUGAAAAGCAAUAGUGAUAUUAUUCACAAAAGAAACCUAGCACGACAGAUAUCUGCACACAGAAGUUUGAGGUGACCCUUCGUUUAUAAAUUAAAGCAAGCCUACCUUAGACAAUCAGAAUGGGUUUUUUUUAAUACAUGAAUCGAAACCAUGUUGGUUUAUUUCUUUUCAUUUUCAUGAAAGGUGCAGUCUACUCUAUAACGAACAACCUCCCCCCCCCCCUCCUCCUUAUUUAGGGACAGCAUUAUCCAGAAGUAUUUGCGGGAUAUUGAGGUACCAGCAAAUAUUAAGUGGUCCGGUAUGAAAUCCCAGUGGUCGGGAUCCCAGCAUUCAGAAGACUGACACCAGAAUUCCAGUUGCCAGAAUCCCAAGAGUGAGGCAGCGAGUCCCCUUGCGGGCUCGCUGCGCUCACCACGCUUCGGGCCCGGUGGCUCGCCACACUAUUCUAUUUCCUAUCGGGUGAUAACGUGAAACCCGAGUGGGAAUACCGGGUUUCGGCUGGGAUUCUGACUGCUGGCAUUUCCCCUACUGUCGGGAUUCCGGCAUCGGUAUUUUGACCAUCAGUAUCCCGUAGUUUGGGAAAUUAACUGCGUCCCAUUUUAAGGAUCCCAGAAUAUUUGUAUGGGGUAAAUAAGUCCUGCGAGCCCCCAUUUUCCGUUGUAAAAGCAGCCCGCAUAGGGUUCUCUAUGGGCAGCUAAACUCGUAAAUUAUCAAUCUUACCCCAGUAAGAUUUCACACUGCAAAAGUUACUGGCAGUGGGGGCUUGUAUAUGCAUGGUCUGAUGACUGCAUGUGCGCAGUGGUAUGACCUGGUCUCGAUUCCAGAAGUAAAUGGAUCACAUUACAGUAGGGGGCUUCUGUCCCGGCAUGUAAUUCUUGGUACAUUACUUCAACACUUUAUUUCCUAUUACCAAAAAAGUGGUAACAAGAAAUUAUAAUUACCAGUACCAAGUCCCGAUAAUAAAUAGGCUCCUUAGGGAGAGAUUUAUUAAGCCUUGGAGAGAAAUAAAGCUGAGAAAGAUAAAGUACCAACCAAUCAGCUCCUGUCAUUUUUCAAACACAACUUGUAAAGUCACAGGAACUGAUUGGUGGUUGGUACUUUGCGGUCUAUGUACUAAGCCUUGGAGAGAGAUAAAGUGGAUGGAGAUAGUACCAGUCAAUCACCCCUAACUGCCAUGUUACAGGCCAUGUUUGAAAAAUGACAGGACAUACUUCCCAACAAAACGGACUGUCCCACGAAAAUCGGGACAGUUGGGAGGUAUGGUUAGGAGCUGGUUGGUUGGUUGGUUGGUACUUUAUCUCCGUCUACUAUAUCUCUCUCCAAGGCUUAGUACAUAGACCCCAAAAUUUAUCUCCCUCCACUUUAUCUCUCUUCAAGCUUUGAUAAAUCUUCCCUUUAAGCCGGUAUCCAAUUGCCAGCGUUAAUUUAACGCACAGCAAAAAUGAGCUAAAAUAGCACAAUAGUAUAUUGGGCUAUCUAAUUAUAGCCCGUUUUUAUUGUGCGGUAAAUUACUCAUUUUCAGGCGAAUCACAUGGGAUCCAGGAUAAGUUUAUGGACCCAUGCAUUAUUUAGCGCUAUGGAAUAUGCUGCGCUAUAUAAGAAACUGUUAAUAAAUAAUAAAUAAAUAAAUUAUCACGCAAAAAAUGGGUCUCUGAUGGCUGCUUAUCGCGUAUUAUGCUUCAGGUGCCUGGGGCACCCGAGGAAUAAUCCCUAAGUGCUGCGUAUCGGGACUAAUUGGAUAGCCCCAGAAAGAAUCCAUUAGCUGCAGUAAAUUACCACAGCCAAUUGGAUACCGGCCUUAGGGGCAGAUUUAUUAAGCCUGGUGAAGUGAUAAAGUGGAAGGUAAUAACGCAGCAGCCAGUCAGCUCCGAACUGUCAUUUUUCAAACCCAGCCUGUAACAAUGUAGUUAGGAGCUGAUUGGCUGGUGCGUUAUCACCUUCCACUUUAUCACUUCACCAGGCUUAAUAAAUCUGCCCCUUAGUCACUUAAUAUCAGACAAUCCAUGCCUACCAACAUUAUACACUGCCUGCGAUAACACAACAUAUCAUAUAUAGAACAGAUUAUGUUCUUUGUAGGCUAUGUGUACAGGGCACCUCUGAGUUGUCGGAGGUGCUGAACUUUGUGCGAGUCUGACAAUUUUUUUAAAGCAGCAAUCAUUUACAAGGCAAAACCAGGUUGGUUUUGCUGUGUAAAUGAUCGUGCGAGUCUGCCCGUUUUUUUAAAGCGGCAAAGUCCGACACCUCCGGCAACUCAGAGGCUAUUACAUUUAGCCCACAGUACUCCUAAAUUAUUAAGCCCAGAAUAUGUAUUCUGAGAGACUGCACCUUUACUGAAACAUCCGCAAAGCUUAGAUUCUUCUGACACAGUACAAUAUAGUUUUGGUCUCAGAGAUUCCUUGUACCACUCAACAUAUUACAUUAAGGAUAGAUUAGGAGCUAAUUAGCAUAUAUGUAACAUUAAAUGUGCUUCAUUUAUUAGCAAUGUCGAAUAUGGAUAAUUUAUGGUUUAUAAUGAUAUGACAAUGUGAAUGAUAUUCAGUACCAUUGUAAGCAAUACAUAGAACAAACAAGAAGAAGUAAAGUACAUUUACACUCAGAAAAGGGGAGUGGAGCUCACUGAUCCGCUCUUGGAUAAAAAUGUGAUUAUACAUGAUCAACUAAAGCACACCCCCCCGGGCAGAACUUGUGCCAUGCAUGCCAGGUUCUAGGGCCAGCCAGGUGUCUUGCUUCAUGCGCAUAUGACCCGGAGAUGCUGUGCCGACCUAUAGGUAAGAUGAGUCAGGCCACCUACCAAGUAAAAUGGAUAUUUAUAAUCCAGGACACUGUGUCCAACUUGAUCCUUUUGAAAUCUGGUGAUCUGUGGGUGUUACAGAAAAUGAAUUACUGGGAAUUAUGUUUGUUUAUAGGCAUUUACUCACAUUUAAGUUGUUCCUUCAUGUCCUUCUCAUCAAAGGCUGUGAAGGCUUUUCUUGCAGCUGCAUCAAUGGCACAUUUUGCAGCUUUUGGUUAUAUUAUGGGACAAACGUGUUAGUUAAAUAAGGCUCAUGAAAUGGUCAAACUUGAUUCAGGAACCUCAUUUAUGGCUGGUUGGACCUAGGCAGCACUUAAAAGUAAUUUAAAUGGAGUUUGUUAAGUUACCUAGAAUCAAGUAGUGGUUGUAUUUAUCGCUGAUUCGUAGUUAUAAUAUCUAGAGAGAAGGUCUAGCAACGUAAUACAGCGAUACCGGCAGAUAUAUUCUGCAGUGUAGCGUUUGAUAGGCAACAUGAGUGGCCGGAUGUUGUUUGACUGUUCCAAUGAAAAAUGUUGUUCUGGAUUUCUUCUAAUAACAUGUCCCAAAAAACUAUUGUACUUUACAUUUACUGACUUAACCCUUAGAUGUGAUCUAAUAUAAACAUUUAAUUAAUACGAGUGGCGGCUGCUGCAUGGGGGAAGGGGGCUGCGACAACACAUGUAAACAUAGAUGUAUUGUUUUAUGUAAUAUACUGAUGCAGCCAUGCUCAUCUUACUGCGAUGUGGCAUGUUGCAUCACGGUUGCAUGCCAUGCAGCAAGCCGUGUUGCAGCAUGCUGCAUCACAGUAAUGACGAGCAUGGCUAUAUCUGUAUGUGCUGGCUGCAUUACUCCGGGGAUUGGCAGUGCCACUGUGUUUCAUUGAGCCGCUGCUGUCCCCGGAACGCAGCAGAAUUCGGCUUCACUUCUCCUUCCUCUAUAAGACUGCGCCCAGACUCUUGUGAAACUAGCCAAUGGGAGGCUGGGGGCGGGCUUAUAUAGGAAGAAGUGAAGCCAAAUGCUGAGUCCCGGGUGCAGUGACAGCUGUGAAACACACAGCACUGCCGAUCCCCGGGAUAAGGCAGCCAGCACAUAUAUUACAUACAGGAUCGGUAUGUAACAUUUCAUGUAUGUUUAUAUGUAUUAACCAGCAAUGUUUGGUUGACGCUAGCUGCCACUUACUAUUAUGUCAUAUAUUACACUUGAGAAUACACUUUCAUUAUAAUAUCUGCCUUUAUCAAGCAUAUGAACUUGGUUGUACAAAAAAAACCAUACGUAAGUGAAAUUAUUUGUAGAUAGCUAUACAUGAAAUCAGAAGAAUAGUUAUAUGUAGGGAUUGCUUCCAUUGUAUGCCAAGAGCAUUGUAAGGGGUGGAUUUAUUAAAACUUCUAUAACAACAAGUGGAGAUGUUGCCCAUAGCAACCAAUAACAUUCUGUCUAUCAUUUUCUUGGAUGCAAUAGAGAAUGAUAGAAUCUGGUUGCUAUCAGCAACACCACCACUUUUCAUUUUUAGAUGAUUUAGUAAAUUUACCCCUAAAGCUGCCAUAUUUGGAAAGCGACAAAGACAUAAUCUGAGAAAAACCAAUUGUGGGCAUUUUAGGAGAACAAAUCCCAAGAAAAUAUCUUAUUUUCAUUUAAAUCAUAUCAAUUUUUAUUUUCAUUGUAACACUUUGGAAAUGUGAGAUGAAUGUAACGAGAUAUGUAUCACCUGUUUCUUCCCAUGAUAGAGAAUGGAGCCUUGGUUUGGGUGGUCGGGAAACGGUCAGCCCCCCCCCCCCCCCCCCCCCCCUCCGUGUGACAGCUCUCUGUAACUAUUUGUGUAACUUUCGCACCUUCCUUACAGCAAAUCAAAAAAGGUUUAAUAGCAUUUAUAUACUAUCACACAAUUGAGAAAUCAUAACCCGUAGUAGCCAAUCACAUAUCCACUUUGAACAACCUAGUGUAAGCAUCUAGGCAAAUGAAUGAAACCUAGAAUAUGAUUGGCUGCCAUGGAUUACAUAAGAUUUUUUUUUUUAUUACACCCUAAUGUCUAUUACAGUAAACGUAUCUACAUCCAUUUCUGGAUCAUUAUAGUGUACCUAUUCAUUAUACACAGCAGAAGAAACCAUUUAGUAAGUUGAACAUUUUGGGGCAGACUCAAUUAGCCACGGCUUGCCUUGUGCACUCUGUUCUCCUGUGUUAAGUGCCCAGAGUUAUUUCAUUAGUGAGCCACAAUAAGCUUGCGAGGCAGUAGGUAAUGCUCAUCUCUGCUUGCACCCCAGGAGCUGCUGCCUCUGUGCUACUUGUGAGUUAAUUGCUGGUCUUCAAUUGAGGAAUAGCUCCUGACACUGUACACAGUGGAACAGACUGCACGAGUCAGCCUGCAGCUAACUGAUUCUGCCACUAUGCAUGAUAUUGCUGCCUAUAUGUUCUCUAGUAACUAAUGAUAUCACUGAUGUACUUCUCAGUCAGCCAUUUUGUAGACUUAUGCAAAUUCAGCCUUUGAAUUCACUAGAAACCAGUGAUGUCACUGAGAGUUCAGCCUAUAAAUUCUCUAGGAGCCAAUGACAUCAUGUAGGCACUUUGUAAUGUUAUUAUUAAGUUUAGGGAUUUGAUAGUCCGCAUUCUUUUGAAUAUUGGUUCAAGCUACAAAAUGGCUGUAAAAAGGUACAGAGCAAAAUCAGUGGAUUUAUCUUGUAACUUAACUCUAGACACUCUAUUUUUGUUGAACUUUUUAAAUCUACUAAUAUACAAAUGAGCCAAUCAUUUUGUGAUACACAAUAAGUCCUCAUUUAGAAACGCCUACACAAUGUUUCUGUAUAGUCUUUGUACUGUGUGAACUGAUUUGCAGCAGGUCGAUGUAUCUUUUAUUUUUGUUGCCUUUAUCAGUGUUGUUUACGUAAAUUGAUUACAAUAUACUGAAUUAAAGAGCCACGAAACUUAACUGCAAGCUGAUACAAUAUGAAAAGGUUUUAUUUUUAACAUUUACAAGUAUAUAUGUUAACAUUCCUGUACUGUGAUAGAAUUCAAUAUAUUUCACAUGAUAUGAACACUUGCUCCAUGAUUGAGUGCCUACCAGCUAUUUAAUGCUCUGUCUCCCCGCAGAGUCCUUAAAUAGGUUUACAGGUUAGUGUGUAUGGGAGAAAAUGCUUCCUCUAUGACCAGGAGCCGGAUGUAGGGGGUCAUUCCGAGUUGAUCGCUAGCUGAAUUUGUUCGCAGCGCAGCGAUCAGGUUAAAAAUCGGCAGUUCUGCGCAUGCGGCGCACGCGCGACGUAUGAGCACAACGAACAAUGUAGUCUUGCACAGGGUCUAGCGAUGCAUUUCAGUCGCACUGCUUGCCGCAGAGUGAUUGACAUGAAGUGGACGUUUCUGGGUGGCAACUGACCGUUUUCAGGGAGUGUGCGGAAAAACGCAGGCGUGCCAGAAAAAACGCAGGCGUGGCUGGGCGAACGCUGGGCGGGUGUGUGACGUCAAAUCCGGAACUGAAUAGUCUGAAGUGAUCGCAAGCGCUGAGUAGGUUUUGAGCUACUCUGAAACUACACCAAAAAUUUUUGUAGCCGCUCUGCGAUACAACCGUUCGCACUUCUGCUAAGCUAAAAUACACUCCCAGUGGGCGGCUGCAUAGCGUUUGCGCGGCUGCUAAAACUAGCUAGCGAGCGAUCAACUCGGAAUGACCCCCCAAAUGAAGUCCGAGUUGGCCUGAGGUGCGGGUUUCCAGCCUAACUCAGACUUUCUUUUUUUUUUAAAGGGGCAAUCAUUUACAAAGCAUGGUUUUGCCUUGUAAAUGAUUGCCCCUUUAAAAAAAAAAUCAGAGUUGGCCGGAGGUGCGGUUUCCCGGCUCCAUAUUUUCACCUAAAACUUCUUUAGUUGCAUAUAUCAUUUUCAAUGUUCCUAGGUAGUGACCCUUUCAUAUAAAACAACUUGCGUUUUAGGUUUAGUGGCCCUCAAAACCUAUUCGGAUUACAUUUUUUUGUCAUAUGCUGCCUUUUUUUUGUUAGAUUGCAUAAUAAAUAAAGAUGAUUUUUAUUUAGUGAAUAACUGUCAAUGUAAAACAGACAUUGUCUUUUAUAUCGGAACCUGUUCAUCUGGUACCGACCUUGGCUAAAUUGUUGGCUGUAGUUACAGGUCUAACUGAUGCACAGCAAUAGGAAUGUAAGUGUGGAAAACCAUAUUGUUUAUUUAGUUUAAUAUGAUGGGGUAGGUUGACUUUUUUUUUUUUGUACAUUCUUAUUGCCAUUUUUUUGCAUUGUGCCAAUUAUCAGAAAUUAUUUACAAUUUUAUAUAGCGUUUCAACAUUCCAAUAUAAGAGUAACACGGAAAUGUCAGUUUUAAAUUUAUUUUAAUGUAGUGCGUAGUAUAAUGUAGCUUUUUUUACAUUUAAAACAAGUAACUUUUAUGUCCUUAACUCAUAGUGUAAUAAGGGACAUCAGUUCCAUCACUUUCUUCUCUUCUUAUUAUGACAUUUAGAUAAUCUGUCAAUAAAAAUAGACAUCAUAAUCCUUUCACAUUAGUUACUAGCUAUUGUUAUUUCAAUGUAUUCAAAUCAGAAGCAAUAAAAUUCUCACUACCACAAUUCAAUCAUUAACUAGAUAUUUUUUUUUAAAUCAACAUUUGUAAAAAGUUUUGUACAGUACAUAUAUAUGUAUGUGUGUGUAUAUAUAUAUAUAUAUAUAUAUAUAUAUACAGGGGAUAAAGUGAGGGGGAACGAGGUGGAACUGAGUUCCACCACCUGUAAUGGUAGGGGGAACUAGUUCCACCUCCUCCAUUGCCCUGUACAGUAAUUCCAACAGAAAAGCCCACCCCAUCAUCUGCGUCAACCGAUCCUGCAGGCGGCACUAGUGUUGCUGAUGAGCUGCAGCCACCAACUCCUUCCUCAGGUCCUGGUGCCUCCAUGGUCCUCCUCCAAGAGUUCCACCACCUCACCAGGACCACUUUAAGCCCUGUAUGUGUAUAUAUAUAUAUAUAUAUAUACAUGUGCAUGAAAUGUAGAAAUUCUCAGCUAUCAAUGCACUAACCCUUGCCAUGUACUAUCAUCAUUUGUAUAAGAAAAUUUGGUAGUUUGUGAACUUUCCCAGUUUGAAUCCAACAUAGACCAUGUGUUUGAUUUUUCUCAUCCCAAAUUCCACCUAGAUAAAUGAAACCCUUUCUUCUUUAGUGGUCUAUCCUUUCAUUCUGUGAAAUUAACAUUCAUGUCCUCGAGGACCCCACAUCACAAUAAUGUUUCACUGUCCACUUUUUUCUUCAACUGGCAUUUAAAUCAAGUGCAUUUACCUUCCUAAUGCUUUAACACGAAGUAGAAAAAAAAAUCACUGCCUUAUUUUUUGGUCUUCCAAAUUUAGUUUUAGUCACUUUAUAGCCUUUUCAGCCUGUUGUUUUUUUUAAAAACUAAAUUACAUAUCACUUUUUUUUUAAUAUCUUUUCUUUUUUUUUCUAUUUCAUAACCCAUUUUAUACGGCUUAUUUGGUGUCUCAGCGAAAAUUUAAUACUGGCAUUUUCUUUAGUGAUUUUAACUGGAGCAAACAUUUGAAGUAGGAGGUCGAGGCUUAAUAUGUAUUUUAUUUACAGCAAUUUAUUGAAUUGUAUCAUUACUGAUAUGCAUUUGUUUGUAUAGAAUGACUCAUGAAUUGCUUUGUAUACAUUUUGUAAAAAUAUUUAUAAAAUGUUUUGUAAAAAAACAAACAAAAACUAUGAGAAAUUGCGGUUUAUUUUGUUAUGUUGAGUAAAUAGUGUUUAAUUCUGCAUUUUGUAAAUACAUUGUUUAAUCCAUGGUUAGAACUGUUUGACUGUAAAUUACCCAUUAAAAUGAUCACUGCAAUACAACCAAA